AUGUUGCUAAGGGAUCAGGACAGUCAGUGUUAUCUCGGUCCGCUCUGACUAAGCGACUGUCAUUUAAAACAUUCUGCCGGUCGCUGCACGUAGCGCUGCAUCAGAUGAAUGAAAUUCCCGGAAUGCAUAUGCUAGCCACCUGCCUAUUAGUCGCUGCUGUUUCAUACUGGUACAGCAGCGAGCUUCUGACAGCGCUCCGUCUGUUUAUUUCAGACUCAGCCCUCGGCGGGGACAUGCCGGAACCCGAGGGGAAUCGUCUGUCACCGCAAGGUGUCCCUUACACCGACCUGCCGCACAUCGUCAACGCCGACGGACUGCACCUGUUCUGCCGUUACUGGGAGCCCGACAGUCAGCCAAAGGCGCUGGUGUUUGUUGCCCACGGAGCAGGAGAGCACUGUGGGGGAUAUGCUGACAUUGCUCACAGCCUGACCCAGCAUGGUAUUCUGGUGUUCGCCCACGAUCACGUUGGUCAUGGCCAGAGUGAAGGUGAGAGAAUGGAUAUCAAAAACUUUCAGAUUUACAUCAGAGAUGCCCUCCAGCACAUUGACAUCAUGAAGGGCCGGUACCCCAAUCUGCCAGUCUUCAUCAUUGGACACUCAAUGGGAGGGAGCAUUUCCAUUCUGACCGCGUGUGAGAGGCCGCAGGAUUUUGCAGGUGUGGUUCUCAUAGGCCCCAUGGUUCAAAUGAAUGCUGAAUCUGCUACACCUUUCAAGGUUUUCCUGGCAAAAAUUCUAAACCGCUUGACUCCCAAACUCUCUCUUGGUUCAAUCGAAUCAAAAUGGGUCUCACGGGAUCCCAAACAGGUGGAGGCAUAUGACGCAGAUGAGCUAAAUCAUCAUGGAGGGCUGCGUGUCUCGUUCGGAAUGCAGCUGAUGGAUGCGGCGGCUCGCAUCAAGAGAGAAUUACCCAACAUUACAUGGCCCUUCUUCAUUCUCCAUGGAGACGCCGACAAGCUUUGUGACAUUGGAGGGUCUCAUCUAAUGUAUAAUGAGGCCAAGAGCACUGAUAAAAAACUGAAGGUGUAUGAAAAAGCCUACCAUGCCCUACAUCAUGAUUUACCUGAAACAGUAGAGUCUGUCUUAAAGAAGGUGUGCACUUGGAUCCUGGAGAGACUCCCCAGCCCUCAUGGGUCUUAGCUGUCAAUCACCAUAUACACAGUUGCCUAAGCCCCGCCCUCUACCGAAUCUUUCAUCUCUAUGACAAAGAGAUGUCUGAUUGCACUACAUGCCAACAAAACUACCCUCAUUCUAAUUUACCUAGGUGAUAAGAGGUCAUUCGUAAGUGACCUUUGACCUAGAGGUCCAAUUAAGCUUUAAUAUGGCCAGUAAGGGUUCUGUGGGAGUUUAUAUUCCCUGAAUAGCAAUCAUCAAUCAUCACCCGGUUGCCCUCAGUGCUGAGCUCUCUUUUGUGUUGCCACAGUAAUAGAAAGCAGCUGCAAUUUGCUCUUUGUGAUGUCCACUGCUCAUAAGAGAUGCAGUGCUGCCCCCGCUGGACAAUAGCAGUACUGCAUUCUGCUGUCAGCGCAGUUGCCAAGGCAACUCAACCUUAUUGCUUAUGGCUUGGCAGAAAAACAAACUGAACCUACAGAAUGAAAAUAAAUUUACAUUUAGUCAUUUAGCAGACGCUUUUAUCCAAAGCGACUUACAAAUGAGGACAAUGGAAGCAAUCAAAAUCAACAAGAGAGCAAUGAUAUGCAAGCUUUGAGACAUUCAAAGAGCAAAAUGUCUGCUGGGCAAAUGUAACAUUGUACUCGAAGAGAUCAAUUAGAUGAUCUCUACAGACACAUCUAUGCAGGAGAUCCCACCGAUUCCCAUAUAUUCACUAUAUAUACCCACAAUAAGGAGAAUUGGAAAGGUUUGAAAGUCUGUUCUAAAUGUCUUUUUGUGGUUUGACUGUUUCAAACACCUCAGACUGUUCCAUUCCUUGGAGUAAAUGGGGAAGUGGCUGUUCUGCAGCUGGAUUUACUUCAUAUGAAACCUAUUUACAGCUGAUUCUUUCUUAUGGGCUCUGGAGUUUUCAUAUCUUAUUCCUUUAUUUUUACAAGCAUUUCGUUACUUUGACUACUUAAUAAUAAAUAUGUUACUGUUUAAAUUAUAUGUUCACAGUAGCUUUUGAACUCAUUGUAGACCUCAGGGUGCGCAUGGGGUUUGUAGCUCUAAAACAACAUGAAAUUGUAAAAGGUCACUUGUUCACACCAGCUUAACAUUUAAUGCGACUGUUUUCAUUCAGACAAAGGAG